UAUAAAACCCAGUCCUUUCAACCAUUUCCAAAUCCCAAAUCAAAUUUCGGUGGAUUCUACGAAUCCAAACUCAAAAACCUUUCAAAACUUGAAUCCAGUUAGAUUUCUACAUCAAUCACAAUCUUCCACCAUUCGAUUUCUGCAAAAUCAAAGACACAAAAUGUCUCAGAACGGCAAAUUGAUGCCGAAUCUAGACCAACAAGGGACUAAACUUCUAAACUUAACAGUUCUUCAACGAAUCGACUCUUACGUGGAAGAGAUUCUCAUCACGGCAGCUCAUGUAACCUUUUACGAAUUCAACAUCGAGCUUAGUCAGUGGAGUCGCAAAGAUGUUGAAGGAUCUCUUUUUGUUGUUAAAAGGAGUGCUCAGCCUCGAUUUCAGUUUAUUGUAAUGAACAGGAGGAAUACAGAAAACCUCGUGGAAGAUCUUUUGGGAGAUUUUGAGUAUGAAAUCCAGGUUCCUUAUUUGUUAUACAGAAAUGCAUCUCAAGAAGUUAAUGGUAUAUGGUUUUAUAAUACACGCGAAUGUGAGGAGGUUGCUAAUCUCUUUAGCAGGAUACUCAAUGCCUACUCCAAGGUGCCACAGAAACUCAAGGUGUCACCAGCAAAGAGUGAAUUUGAAGAACUGGAAGCAGUCCCAACUUUGGCAGCAAUGGAUGGUCCCUUAGAGCCAGCAUCAGAUACAGAUAUUCCCAAUGACCCAGGCCUAUUUGUCAACUUUUUCAGUAAUGCAAUGAAUAUUAACAAAACAACAAGUGGACAAACAGUUGGACAGCCUUACCAGUCUUCUUCAUCUUCUUCGUCUGCAGCCAUGAUCAUCCCGAACCCUAACCCUCCCAAUGUUCCUUCUCUUGUAUCACCAUGUCCUGCUCCUUCUUCUUCAAUUGCAUCGGCUUCUUUAAUGGCUCUUCUUGAAAACAACUCUGAAAUCGGAUUAACCGAUAAUAAUCAUCCAACUGCUGCCAACCUUUUGAAACCAUCCUUUUUCAGCCCACCAACAUCUUCUUCUGCUGUGAUGAUGGUGCCGCCACCAGUUUCAUCUGGUUUGCCUAGUGCUCCACAAUUUAAUCCGUAUGGAUCUUCUUCUCCUUUGCUUCAACCAUUUCCACCGCCCACUCCUUCGCGAUCUCUCGCCCCUGCUUUUAGCAGAGACAAAGUACGGGCAGCGCUUCUUAUGCUUGUUCAGGAUGAUCAAUUCAUCGACAUGGUUCAUCGGGCUCUGCUGAAUGCACAUCAUUCAUGAGGAUCAUGAGAAGAAAGGGUUUUAAAGAGUCUCAACCACACACUGAUCAUUUUGUGUUUAGUAUUUUUUUCGGGUUGAAUGGCUACAGUUUACAGCUCUUUAUUACUGUGUUAUUGUUUUUUUGGUCUUGAUGGAAAUUAUAUUAUAUUUAUUGGUCAUUACAAACAUGUUCAAAACAAACACUUUGGAAAUUGAAAUACAACUUAUUCAUUUUUAAGUUCUGA